CCCCUCCCCCCGCAGCGUGUGUGCCUGUUCCGCCGUCUGAGGUGUCGUCGCAAUUCGUUCCCCUGGACGAGCCACCCGUUCGCACUUGAGUCACUGUCAGCCAAAGAGGCUCCCUUUUGAAGGACUUUUCGACAACACCCCCGGAUUGCCACCAGCACUCAGCAGACAUCUUUCAACAUGGCGACCAACGUUAACGCCGAAGCGCUCAAGGAGUCGCCCAUCCCCGAUGCGAUCGAGAAGCACGCUGCCUCCAAGCAGACAGUGGACCCAUACAAUGUCCAAGGCGAAGUGGGCGAGGAUGGCGUUGUCAAAGCCAUCGAUUACAACAAGUUGAUCGAGGAGUUCGGCACCAAGAAGAUCGACCAGGCCCUGCUCGAUCGCCUCGAGAGGGUCACCGGCAAGAAGCCCCAUCGCUUCCUCAGGAGAGGCAUUGUCUUCUCCCACCGCGAUCUUGAGCUUAUCCUCGACCGCUAUGAGAAGGGCGAGCCCUUUUACCUCUAUACCGGCCGCGGCCCUUCCUCCGACAGUGUCCACGUUGGCCACACCAUUCCCUUCGAGUUCACAAAAUGGCUUCAAGACACCUUCGAUGUUCCUCUGGUCAUCAUGAUGACCGACGACGAAAAGUAUCUCUUUUCCGACAAGAGAACGAUUGAGGAGGUUGAGGGCUACUGCAGCAACAACGCCAAGGACAUCAUCGCCGUCGGCUUCGAUCCCAACAAGACUUUCAUCUUCAGCGAUUUCCAGUAUAUGGGCGGCGCCUUCUACAAGAACGUUGUGCGCCUGUCCAAGCACAUCACUCUUAACCAGGCCCGCGCCAUCUUCGGCUUCAACGACAGCACCAACAUUGGUCGCAUUCACUUCGGCAGUAUCCAGGGUGCCAGCAGUUGGGCGUCGUCCUUCCCCCACAUCUUCGGCGAAGAUGAAUCCAAGACCGUCGCUAUUCCCUGUCUCAUUCCCUGCGCCAUUGAUCAGGAUCCCUACUUCAGAAUGACUAGAGAUGUCUCCGCUCGCUUAAAGUACAAGAACUCCAACAUCUCGUACGCGAAGCCGGCCCUCAUCCACUCCCGUUUCCUUGAUGCUCUGCAGGGCCCCGGCACAAAGAUGUCCGCUUCUGUCGACGAGUCUGCUAUUUUCAUGAGAGAUACCCCCAAUCAAAUCAAGAACAAAAUCAACAAAUAUGCCUUCUCGGGUGGCAAGGUCACCGUUGAGGAGCACCGCGAGAAAGGAGGUGACACUAACGUCGACGUUGCCUACCAGUACUUGCGCUUCUUCCUUGAAGAUGACGAGGAGCUGGAGAAGAUUCGCGUUGCCUACGAAUCUGGUGAAAUGUUGACUGGUGAUCUCAAAGCAAUCUGCAUCAAGGAGCUUCAAACAUAUGUCGCCGCUUUCCAGGAAAGGAGAGCCAAGGUCGACGACGAGGCUGUCAAGCUAUUCAUGACGACACGCCCUCUUAAGUGGAAUGGAAACCCGCGCGCCCCUGUUGUGGUGCCUCAGGUGCAAAACGCUGAUGGGGAGGCGGCCGCUGAGGGCGGAGAUGGGAAGUUGACCAAGAACCAGCUCAAGAAGCUCGAGAAGCAGAAGCAAAUAGAGGCCAAGAAGGCUCAGAAGGCUAAGGAGAAGGAAGAGAAAGACAAGGCGGCGGCUGCCCAGCCUUAAAGGAAAGAAAGAAAGAAGAAAAAAAAGGAGACAGCAAAGGAGGAGAUUCCUGAAUUGAAAUUCGUAUCAACCGUUACCUCCCGUUUUCGUUACAAGUCCGAAGCAUUUUGGAAGGUGAUGGCAUCGGAAGAGAUCCGCGAACAAGUCACAUUUACCGAUAACCGUUUAUGUCACGUCGUUCACGAUCAUGAUAUUAACAGAGAUGGGAGGGGAUAUACAGCAUACCGUCGAAAAAGUAGUAGAAGAAGAUGGAGCAGACCAACAUCAAACGGAUGGUAGAAAACUCGGGAUCCCGUCCGCUCUCCCAUAGAUAAGCUACCAAUCGCUUGACUAGUAGUUGGGUCGGUGACGA